GGAAGAAUAAGAACGCAAUCCAUUCUGACGUUUGGGUAACAUAACCUACAAUUUGAUGAAAAAUAGAGACAAGUUUUAAUAAAAAUUGUUAAAAUGAGUUUAUCUGGUCGUUCUCGAACUGGUAUAUUAGACAAACCACUCAGUAGAGGUAAAAGUGAGGCAUCCUUAAGUUGUUAUGCUCUUCUCUUCGCUGAAAUCGUCCAAUAUUGUCAAAACAAAUCUCACACUGUACCUGAGCUACAAAAUCGACUUCAUAGUUUAGGUAAAAACGUGGGAGUUAAACUUAUUGACCUGUAUUUCCUAAGAGAACGUGGUGGCAAACGUGAAACCAAAAUACUAAAUAUCCUCUUAUUUUUAAAGUCAACCUUUUGGAAAGCACUUUUUGGAAGAGAAGCUGAUAAACUGGAACAUUCCAACGAUGAUGAAUGCACCUAUUAUUUGAUGGAAAAGGAACCCCUUGUUAACAAGUACAUUUCAGUGCCUAGAGACAAGGGUAGUCUUAACUGUGCUGUAUUCAUUGCUGGCAUAGUUGAAGCUGUUCUUACUGGAACAGGUUUUACUGCCAAAGUAUCAGCUCAUUGGCAUAAAGGUACAACGUAUAUGGUCAAAUUUGACGAAGCUGUGGUUGCCAGAGACAAACAAUUAGAAUAAAUUGCAUACAUCAUUAAUUAAAACGAAUUUACUGUAAUCAUUCAUUAUAUUUAAGAUUAUUUUGUAUAUACGUAGAAAAGAGACAUUAAAGUAAAAAUUGUGACUCGGUA